CACAGCAUUUUUUUUUAAUCGACAGACCUGGUAAUGAUGGGAAUGGGCAGUGAAUGGUUAAACGUCGCCUCCUGCCUUGUUUACGCCGGUGGUCCUACCCUCCCCCAUUUUCUGCUUUUUUCCCUUCGUAUCCAUCCCCCAACUCCUCCUUCUGCCACUGUUUCAAACAGCUGAUUUCAGAAAGAGAGAGAGAGAGGACGAGAGGCUGGAAGAAGUGAGGGGAGAUACUGCCACAGCGAUGGAGCGCACUAAUACUGAUCGACAUGCAGCUGUAGCGCUUCUUUCUGUCGAUUAAACCCGGACUACUGCAGUGCUGUCGAUACCAGCCUGGGUUCGCUUUUGGAAGCGAAUUUGCUUAAGCUAGUUAGCUAACCUAGCCAACUUUGCAAACAUCUGUGGCCUUUCUUUCUGUUGGGAGCUGCUCACGUCGGGACUUUUGGGGUCCACGCAGAUCUUCCGAAGAACUGGGACUUGCCGUAUUGUCUGGAAAGCGGAGUAUUUGCGCACACAUCCAGCAUAUUUGGGUCGUGGCAGUUGUUUAACUAGCCGGCUAACCCGGGUAACAGCUGGUGAUAGCCGCCGCAGCAGCAGCUAGAGAGCUACCGACCUCCAGACCUCCUCCCGGCGCGGUUUCAGCUCAAUAUCGGGGAUGUUUUUGCGGUCCUGCUGAAGCUGCAAAGCAGGUCGAAGAGGCUUCUGCUGCUAGAUGUAGGUUAAAUAACUAACUAGCUAGCUAUAUGGAUAGAGAGAUAGCUAUAUAGACGGACAGUCAGAUAACCAACCGCGUACAGCCGCGACUGCCUGCUCGCCUGCAGUAUUUGAGGUUAGCUAGCUGAUUACUAGCUAGAAAGCUAGGGUUCGCUAGUUAGCUAGCUAAGUAGUACCUACCAAUACCUCUCGAUUAGCUAGCUAGCUUAGCUAACGUUAGCUAGGUUAGCAAACAAAGACAAACUGAUGAACGAACUGAAUUCAGUCUCAAGCUUUAUAGCUAGCUAUAAUAAUAAUAAUAUAAUUUGUCUUUCUUUCUUAACCAAAAAUAUAUAGGUUAGCUAAGCUACACAUGUUAUUUUUUUUUCAAAUAAGUCGUAGUUUAGUGAUAAUUAAGCUUAAAUUCUCAAUUUUACUGGGUGCUUAGCUAGCUAACUAGCUGCAUAGCUUAACUUGGCUAGCUACCAAUACUAAAUAGGGCUGUUCUGGGUCUGACCUAAAAAACUAGCCAGCUUAGCUAAUAGCUUAGCUAGUGUUGCUUUUAUGUUAUUUUUAGUAUAAAUUUAGCAUAAAUUGUUUAGGCUAUAUUAACUAACGAACUAGCUAACUAACUGGUUAGGUUACGUUGUCUAAUAAUAAUUAUUAAUCAGCUAGGCUAGCUAUCUCCCUACUUUAAGCCUGUCUAUCUUAGCUAACCUAGCUAGUGCUAGCUAGCCAAGUUAACCUAAUCGAGUUGUCUGUGUCCAAGAUAGCAAGUAGCUAGCAAGUUAGUUAGCGCUAAUGUUUUGGCCACUUAAAUUGUUAUUUUUUUUAAUUUAAAGCCUUCUUUUGCGAUUAUUUUUCAUCUGUUUGUUAUAACCUCGCACUUCUGCUUCUAAAUGGGAUUAGUAAGCAUAUCUGCUCGUCGCCAAACCAAGUCAACAGUGGGCUUGCUCUAAUAGAAUGGCAUUCCAUGGGUCGGCUCGGCCAAACGUGUGUGGAAACGUUAACCUGUUCCCCGGAGCGGAGCUAGGCCACAGCAAGUAUUUCUGUGUCAACACCACGACUGGCUCUACCUCAAGUGGCCUAAGCGCGACCCAGAACCCAUCCGGCCCCGAGCAGCCCGCAGGCGCUCCCCGGCACCCGGCAUCUCUCGGCGGAAGCACAGGCGGAGGCGCCGCGGUCCCGCAGCCUCACAGCAACCCGGCCAGCGAAGUUCCCAGUCCGGCUGAAAUGGAGCCCGACAGACCUAUCGGUUACGGAGCUUUCGGUGUAGUAUGGUCAGUGACAGACCCUCGGGAUGGGCGGAAGGUGGCCCUCAAGAAGAUGCCCAAUGUCUUCCAGAAUUUGGUCUCCUGUAAACGUGUCUUCAGGGAGCUGAGGAUGCUUUGCUUCUUCAAACACGACAAUGUGUUAUCUGCUUUGGAUAUCCUGCAGCCUCCACAAAUUGACUGCUUUGAAGAAAUAUAUGUGAUCACAGAGCUGAUGCAGAGCGAUCUGCACAAAGUGAUUGUGUCUCCUCAGCCUCUCACCACCGACCACAUCAAAGUGUUCCUCUACCAGAUACUCAGGGGCUUGAAGUACCUGCAUUCUGCUGGUAUUCUUCACAGAGACAUCAAACCAGGGAAUCUGCUGGUCAACAGCAACUGUCUGCUGAAGAUUUGUGAUUUCGGCUUGGCCCGAGUAGAAGAGCCCGACCCCACGCGUCACAUGACCCAGGAAGUGGUGACCCAGUACUACAGGGCCCCUGAGGUUCUGAUGGGCUCCAGACACUACGGCCCAGCGAUAGAUAUCUGGUCAGUCGGCUGUAUCUUUGCGGAGUUGUUGGGUCGCCGCAUCCUCUUCCAGGCUCAGAGCCCUAUCCAGCAGCUGGAUCUGAUAACUGAUCUAUUGGGCACUCCACCCCUGUCUGCCAUGGCAUCUGCGUGUGAGGGGGCUCGGGCACACAUCCUAAGAGGACCUCACAAACCGCCUUCCCUCUCUGUUCUGUAUAUGCUGUCAGACGCAGCUACUCACGAGGCCGUUCAUCUUCUGUGCCGCAUGUUAGUCUUUGAUCCGGCUAAGCGGAUCUCGGGCAGUGAUGCUCUUUCACACCCGUACUUGGAUGAGGGUCGUUUGCGCUAUCACACCUGCAUGUGUCAGUGCUGUUACUCUGUUCCCAGCGGGAGGGUUUACACCCGAGACUUUGAGCCACCUGCCGAGCGGCCGUUCAGCCACAGCUAUGAGGAGAGCAUGCUCUCUGUCUGGCAGGGCAAAGAGCUCAUUCAUCGUUUCAUCACAGAGCACCAGCAGGGCAAACGUGUGCCCUUGUGCAUUAACCCCCAGAGUGCAGCCUUCAAAACCUUCAUCAGGUCCACUGCUUGGCAUUCCUCGAAAGUAUCCCGUAAAGAAGAGAGAUGAAAAUGAAGAAUCUGGUUGAAUGAAAGGCGUAGUUCACUAUAGGAGCAUGUGCUUGAGAUAACUGACAAGUUGCUUUUGGUUCUGGAUGGAUGAAAUGAAUCUAAAAUACUAGACUUGCAAUGACCUGCUGAGACUGACACAGGAAGAACAUCCUACCAACAAGAUCACCACCACCAUACCCAGUUCUAAAGACAAAAAAAAAUCCAAGUGAUGACUGAAAUAUGCUGCUGAGAACAUUUUUAUACUGACUAAAAUCGAAGAUUAUGAAAAACUGGGUUUUGUUAUGACAAAAAAAAAAAUCUUCAUGGAGUGAAGUCAAGUUCUGAUGAUGAUGCCACACUACAUGUGUGUUCUUGAAGUCCCUCAAUGUUGUGCAAUCCCAAUAUCUAGGGGUGGAAUGGUUUAGUAUUUUGUGGGCUUUAACUGCCAUUCUCAAACGUCUCACUGUUCCUUCAUUCUCUGUGAAAGUCUCAAUGUGUUAGCGUGUUGCGCGUAGAAGAAGUUCUUAACAUUUCUUGAGUAUGUAGGUUCAUGAUGAUCUUGACAUCCCUUUUCACUUAAGCUCUUCCUUUUAGGUUCUUUAGUCUAACCACUUUAGUAGUCUAAUCUUUUUUUUAACCAUGCUUAGUUUCCACAUAGCACAAAAAACUUUUAAAAAGGAUUUUAUUUUCUGUCUCUUUUUUUUUUCUUUUAUGCUGUAGAGUAGUCGCUUUUAUAAUUGCGAUGCCGCCGUUUUUUUUCUCCUGCCUGAUUUUGUCGAUUUUGUAACUCUAUAGUUUAGGGUUUAGGAUGCUGUUGGAGUACUGUAAUUCAGAUUAUCAAUGUCUGCACAUCCUAAAAAAUCACAUCUUAGCUUUUAAUGGGGAUGCAUAAGGAACUGCAUAGUUAAACUGACUGCAGUGUAUUUUCAAAGAACUUUUGUGCAUUUUUCUUUUCUAUUUAAUGUUCUUGUUAAUUGUGUUUUGCAUUUGCCAGAUUAUGUUGUCAGGCUAUUAUUUCUUUUGUCCAAAUAGGAGGAAAGGCACAGUCUUGCCUGUGCGAGUGCGUAUACGUGUUUACAUUGUUCAGGACUGGAGAGUCUAGGAGACGUGCAGUGUUGUGCUGUUCACAUUCUCAUUACCUCAAUAGAUCCACUGUGCACUGGCUGUGAGUGUGUUUAGGCUAAAUCCAACUACUAACCAUGUACUGUACAGGGGGUCUGUGCUAAUAUCUUUAAAUUUACAGAGCCACACCACUAAACCACUACCCCUAAAUCUCUCUCUCUCUCUCUCGCAACUCUCAACUCUAGCAAGUCAUGCUAUUGCUCCUCUCACACUUUCUUUUCCUCUCUAAGUCAUGCUAUUUCUCUUUCCUCUAUAAGGUGUGAUGCUGCUCUUACACGCUCCCUUUCUCUCUCCUUUUCUUACUUAUUCUAAAGGCGUGCUAUUACUUUUAGACUCUUUCUUUUCUCUCUAAGGUGUGCUAUUGCUUUCUCCCUCUCUCUCAAACCUGUCAGUCUCUCACACUUUUUUCUUUCCUCUCUAUAAGGCAUGCUAUUGCUUUUGCACACUCUUUCUCUCCUUCUCUCUUUAUCUCCUCUCCAUGUCUUUUAUUGCGCUCUCUCUCUCUCUUUCUCUCUCAACUCGCUCUCUCCUCUCUGUCAUGCUAUUGCUCACACUUUCUCUCGCUCCCUCUCUUUCAAAUCUGUCAGUUUCUCUUUCUCCCUUUCAUCUCUGUGAGGUGUUCUCUUACACACUGUCUUUUUCUCUCUCUCUCUUUCCUCUCUAAGGUGUUUCUCUCUCUCUCUGUCUGUGAGGGGUGUGGGGGGGGGGUAUAGUGGCGGAUCCUGGUCUUGUCUCAGAUCGCUUAUGAAAGGAAAAUUGCUGCUGCUGCUGUUCAUAUAAUGUUUUCACGUCAGUUGUAAGUAUAAAUAGUCUUGAGCUCAGGUUUCAUAUCACAGACUACAGACUGUAAAUCACACAAGGACCCUCAUCCGGUCCGGACCGGCCCGCGCGCUGCGGUCGAUUCCUGGUGCUGUUAGUGAAAGACUCGCGUGGCUCGUCGAGCCCCUAAAGGCUUGAGACUGUAGUGCAUGUUGGCCACCACUAGGUGGCGGCGCGCACACGACCGCACUACCGGACUGUUCUUCAGGAAUGUCCCUUGGACGGAUCCGCGUGUUGCGCGCGCGCGUUUGCUUCGGGAUUUCCAGAUGCAGUACUUCAGGAGUUGAUGAAAUGAUUUUUCAAAACUUUGUGAUGUUAUUUAAUUUGAUUAUAUAGGAAAUUAUUGCGUUUUCUCCUGCAGUUGUCAGUGUAUUGUGACCAAUUUUUAGUUUAAAAUGAUAUUUUUCUUUAAUUUUUUUUUCUUUACAUUUUUAUGGUUAUGUUGUUUUUAGCCACUUUGCUGUUGUGUUGGUAGAAGAUCUAGCAAUGUAGUGACAUGAAGAGAAACGUUGGGUCCGGCUUCCUCGCCCCGACUGCUGACAACAGAGUGAAGAAAUUUCGAUUAAUGGUGAGAUUUGCAUUAGUCAAGAGGUCAUAGAGAACUUUUAGACAUUUUAUGAUGAAACAGAAUACUUGAUAUUUUGUGUUAAUGACUAUUAUGGCUGUGGUAAUAUUGAAAACUUGUUUUAAAAGAUGGUUGUUGAUUA